CGCACUUGAAAUGGAUCUUACGACAAAUGGAUUAUUUCUUGAAUAUUUUAGGACAAUUGUGGAGACAAUCUGUUGAAGAUGGCUUGAGAUAUCAACAAUUGAGAAAAAAACAUACGCCACACUAAAAAGCUUUCUAACUAUGUCAUAUGGGAAUUUUAUAACAACGAAUCGGCAAUCGAUGGAACUUAAUUGUGGCUAUUAAUAUGGGAACACAACGAUAUGUGACAGGUUUUUAAUUGCUAUGUCUUUCUCGGGAGGGUCAGGAGGAAUUACUUAUUUUCGGCAUUCGGACAAUGGGUGCGCUUACCGUACUGGUUUUUAUGGGAUUAUUUAAUUACGGGGCGGGUGUACUGUGUUCGCAAUGUGACAGUGAUCUUGACCCCUACUGUCGAGAGAUGCCCCCUCCGCCCGAAAACUGCACCCUCUGUACACUGUAUUCUCAUUUGGACGAGUGUUUACGCUACCAAGAGGUCAACUACUGCAUCACCGAGCGCCGCUACAUAAACGACACCCUUGUGCGAAUCACUCGAGAUUGCAGCCCUAGUUCACUUCCCGAGACGUGUGAGACAAUUACCAAACUGGACGUCCAGAUUAAAGUAUGUUUCAACACGUGCAAAUACAGCGGAUGCAACUCUUCUGGAAACGUCCGUUUUAAGCAAAUUAUCGUCAUGCUCUUAGUAACAAUGUCUACGUUUUUGAAAUAAUUAAGAGAUACAGCGGUAGCAAUUCUCCUGGUAGCUUCGUUUCAAGAAAGUAAAAGUCAUUGUUUAAAUGACAGUGUGUUUGUCACUGGAGCAUUAUUACGUAGUAGGAGACAUACAGCGAUAGCAACUCUCCCGUCAGCGUUCGUUCCAAGAAAGUAUUUAGCAUGCCGUUAGUGACAGUGUCUUCUGCCUGUAUGAUCGAAACAAUACUUACUAGGUUGCCACGUGGUGUCCUCGCAAUUCGUGGAAGUGACCUUCAGUUUCAGUGAUUUUGAGUUUGAGCUGUACCGAACUUAUUAGUGUUCAAAGAUUUAAGCAAGGUGCUGUUCUGAAAAUAAGGUUUCCAUAAGGCUUAUUAAAUAUGCCAAUGUGAGUUUUGACGAUUUAUGUCACAACAACGUUUAACUCGUGAAGUUGACUGUUAGAUGUGGUGAUAACAUUUAGGGUGAAAUCUAUACUAUAACACAGUAUUUCGUUGGCAAAAAUUAUCGGAAAGCAAACGGUUGUAACGCCGCGCUGACGUAUCGUUCAAAAUACAAGUGCUAACUUUCUUGGUGUUCAG